AUGUCGAUCUCGACGAUUCGGCGGCAAGUGAAGAACGUGGCCUACAACUUCUCCGAUGCUCAAGUCAAAGUUCGAGAGGCUACAAGCAACGAUCCGUGGGGCCCAUCGACGGCGCUUAUGUCGGAGAUCGCCGACUUGACGAACAAUCCGAUGGCCUUCACCGAAAUAAUGAGUAUUGUCUGGAAGCGAUUAAACGAUCACGGGAAAAAUUGGCGCCACGUCUACAAAAGCCUCGUCCUGCUCGACUUCCUGAUUAAAUGCGGCAAUGAAAAAGUUGCUCAGCAGUGCCGCGAGAACAUAUAUUCGAUCGAAACGCUGAAGGACUUUCAACACGUCGAGGACUAUCGAGAUCAAGGAUUGAACAUUCGAGAAAAGGCGAAGCAAAUGGCCGCAUUGUUGGCGGACGAUGAGCGACUCAAGAAUGAGCGAACACGCUUUAUGCUCACGAGGAACAAAUUUCGACAAAAUGGCGCGGGUGUCGGAUCUGAGGUGCGUACAAGACGUCAGGAACAGAGUGGGAGCAGAGGAGUUCCACCAACCGAGUUUGACGAUGCUCGUCCUUCAUCGCUUGGAGAAGAAGAAAUGCAACUACAGAUCGCGCUAGCGUUGAGUCGGGAAGAAGCUGAGAAAGCGAGUGAGAUGGAGAAAAGUGACGACAUUCGGUUACAGAUGGCGCUCGAGGAAAGCAAACGAGAUGCUGACGAGAUGUCGAAGCGAACGAUGGGAACGGUGAACUCUGGUCAACUCUCGCAGAGCGCUGUCGAUGAUCUUCUCUCAUUGGGACUUGGCGAUCUCGUGGUUAAUGAUCCAAAUCAGCCAACAAGCUCAACGGCAUGGGGUGGCACGCAAAUCGCCGAUCCGUGGGCUUCACCUCCACAAUACAAUAACACACCCGCGUAUCCAACUUCAGCUCAACUAGCGUUAAACGAUCCAUGGGCUCCAUCGACUCCCCAAGCACAUGCUCCAGCCGCAACACUCGCGUCGAACGAUCCAUUUGCUGCCUGGGAUGCUGGAGUGACGAAUGGAACGAAUGGAAUGGAAACUCUGCAGCCAACUCCCGCCAAUCAAACGCUCUCCAACAAUGGUUUUUCGGCUUCGGCAAUGAAUGCUUCAAGGAAGACGCCCGAGAACUUUUUGGGAGAAAACUCGAAUCUCGUCAACUUGGACAAUUUGCUUGGAAUCACGAAUACGAAUUCUACUGCUGUUUCAAAUCCGUUCAUGCUGGGCACAGCGACUCCUCCGCCAUCGAAUCCAUUCAACGCUCAACGCAACAAGUCGCCAACACUCAACGAGAUGCGAGCUGGUGCUCCGCCAAUUCCACAGGUUGGACCUCGAGUCGGUGCUUUACCUCAACCCCUUCAGCCAUCGCAAACUCCGAAUCCAUUUGCCGGCAUC